CACAUUCUCUCUUCUGGUCGUCAUCGUCGCGCCGUCUUUGUCGCUACUCUCUCGUCGUUAUCUUCGCACCGUCUCCAUCAUCCUCAUUCUCGUCGUCUUUCUCCGUCACCACCCUGAUCCGCUCGUCAUCAUCCUUCCGUCGUCAUCCUUCCUUCAUUCUGAUCUCCGCCGCGCGUAAUCACUCUGCCAAAAUGGCAAACAUGGACCCAGACCCCGUCGACUGGAACUUCGAGUACCAGCUGCCCUUUGGCUAUAGUCGGAUGAUAGAGGAUGAAAACAACCUCAACCUGCCAUGCCGUUUUCUGCCAGAGAGAAACCCUGGCUUUAUUGGCCGAGAGAAAGAGCUUCAGGACAUGCGCGAGGAACUGAAGCCGCUGCAAGGGAAUUGGAACUUCAAAUAUCAUGAGUUGCACAUGCCGAAGGAGAUGGCGGAAACCUCUGCCGCCAACUCGCUGAAUCUCGUUGGUCUUGGCGGCAUCGGAAAGUCCCAGCUUGCCCUCGAAUAUGCCUUCAGAUGUGCCGACGAGUAUGAUGCGAUCUUCUGGAUGAAGGCCGACUCCGCCGAGAACUUGCACAACAGCUUUGACCAAGCUGCUAUCGCCCUCGGCAUCCCCGACGCAAAGUACAACGUCUCUAUCAAGAACCAAAUCAUGCUAUUGGCUUGGCUUGAGCGCACCAAGAAACGGUGGCUACUCAUCUUCGACAACAUGUGGGCUUUUAAUCAGGCGUUCUGGCCAUUCUGCAGGGGCAACGGCGUUACCAUCACUGCCGGCGGACACGCUCUUGAAUGGGCCGAGGAGUUUCACGUGCCGCCGUUCCCGCUCAGCACAGCGGCCGACUUUAUACGGAUCAACGCAACCGGUGAGGUACAGUCCUGGCCAUUCAUCUCCAGCGGUGUGUCGGAAGCAGCCACGGAACUCGCGCGCGAGCUGUGCUGCUACCCGAUGGCGCUCGCUCAGGCUUGCUCUCUCGCAGCCGAGAAAGACAUGGGACUGCACGACCUCCUGGUGCUGUGCAGGGAGGACCCCAACGAGAUCAUCGAGCAUGUCCCUGAAAACCUCCACAUGGGGUACGACUACCCAAUGUCCGACUCUCUGCAAGACAAAUUCGGCCGCAUCUACCCACCCGUUUCCAUCUUGCUCUCCAUCAUGUCGUUCUUCAAACAGAGGCCUCUUUCAAACAAGAUGGAAAAGGAAAUUCUUCGCUUGGACGCGUCGAGAUUGUGGGAGGUGGUAGCUGCCGGUGGUGUUCCCCGGCUUUUCUAUCGGGAGCCUUGGGACCACAUCUACUCAAUCAGUGACAACCUCAGGGCCAGGUUCGAGACGUUUGGUUUCAGUUACGAUGAGGCAUAUCUAUCCGACGUGCCCUCCGAGGUUGAUCGAGGACUUGGUCAAGUGCUUGAGACGUUCGAUGGCUUGUUUUCUCGGCAGGGCCGCGAGUGGUUUGAGCUGUUCGGCGGUGUUGACAUCAAGACCUUCGUGGACUCGGGGUUCUUCGGCCGAGACGGCACAGUGCCGUCGGUCAUCCGUAAUCAGUGGAUCAAGCAUAUCCGAGAUAGCGAUAGACGAAUUUGGUUCAAACUUGCGACAGCAGAACUAAACGCCGCGUUCCCCAAGGUCCUGAUUCAGAACGGGUCCUACGACGCAGACAUCCUUGAAGAGUGCUCGUGGGUUAUCGAAGACGUGUACAACCUGCGGGACCUUCGGGAUGAGUUUUACCGCGGGGAAGACCCCCAAGAUCCCGAAAACGACAAAGACGAAGACCCGGACGAUUCUGAAUCUCCUGACAACGCCGAAGAUCCCGGGCGCGCCACUCUUAUUGCAGCAUUAGACAACCGGAUGAGAUUGCAAGAGAUUGCGACUUCCCCAGUGGACCCGAGCGACUCCAUGCGCCUCCCGGAGUUCUGCGUUCUCAUGCGCAAUGCCGCAUUAUACUGCCUCGCCACCGAGAGCGAGGACGACGACGAGAUCGGUGGGUUGAGCAAGCUGGAGCACCUGGAGCGGAGCGUCACGGCAGCCUACGAAGCAGCUCUCUUUUGCGUCAACAUGCCGUAUGACCGCGCCUGGGGCUUGCCCCUGCCCGCAAAGGAGUGCGCCCAGCUUUGCGGCUGGGAGGCGCGGCUGGCGUCGAGGCGCGGCGACUUUGCCCGGGCCAAGAGGGCCCUGCUCCAUCGCCUGGACAUCAGCACGGGGGAACUCGACGUCGAUUUGUUUGCCGCCAACUCCGCUCUCGGCAACCUCUACCUGAGCCAGGGCAAGCUCGAGCUCGCGUUGAAAUACCACCAGAAGUGCGUGGCGCAUUCCGGCCCCCCCCUCGCCCAGCGUGCCGCCUGGCUCAACUGCGGCCGGACCCUGACUGCGCUGGGCCGGUUUGACGAGGCCGACGAGAUGCUUGCCGCUGCCGAGGCUGUCCCCUGCCAUGAGGAGAUCAGGCUGUUCACCGCCUACCACCGCGCCGUCUUCUUCCUGGCCCGCGGGCACAUUCUGCUAGCCCUCGCGGCCUUUAAACUGUUGAUCGAGGCCAUCGAGGCGUCAGACUGGUUCCUAGACCACCUCCACGCCGCCUGCCUGUACAAGGUCGGCUGCAUCUACACGCAUUCGUGGAUGCUCAAUCUUGCUCGGCACUACCUCGAGCAGAGCCUCGGCGAGCACGCUCGCAGGUCUUCUCCGGCCUGCGAGCGUGUUCGCGUGUUGUUCAUGCUGUCGGAGGCGCUGAAAUUGGCGCUAUCGGCGCAAGACGCUGAGGAUGCUGCCUCGUACAAAGACGAGGCGGCGAGAAUUUACCAGGACUUGACGGGGAAGUCCGAGGAAGCGGCGGCAGCUGCCGCCGAGAGCGAGUUCGACUCGCUCGUGGACGCGGAGCUCCGCUGA